AUGGUACAUGAGAUCUUACCCAACCCCCCACCCACCCGCCCCCACCCCCGCUUCUUUGCCCCUCCCAGCGCGUUCUUGGUGUCGGUGGCGCGGCCGAGAGUGAGAGAUCCAAGGCGCGUGUUGCUGGUCGGGGCCCUGCUGGAGAGGAACGGGCACAGCUUGGUCACGGCGCGGUGGCGGCACGGCACGCACAGGCCCGCCGCCGGCGUGCGCGGGUCUCAGCGCACGCCGCUGAGCCUGCCCACCCAAAACUCGCCCCCGCUGUCGACUCUCGAUCGCCACAGCUCGGCAUUCAGCCCUCAGCAUCCUCAGGAGCCGGACCUGCUGCCCGUAGCGAGGAGCCCGAACGGGCACUUGCGAAACGACAUCAAGAUAAUACUCACGAAGGAGGAGGACAAGCUCUUCAAAACGCUACUGGAGAUGGUGGAGAAGGAGAAGAUGGGGACCACGCUCCGGGUGGCCGGGGGCUGGGUGCGGGAUAAGCUGGUGGGGCAAGAGCAAGGGUUCCACCAGCGGCACCUGUCCAAGGUCAACAAGAUGGACAUCGACAUCGCGCUCGACAACUGCAUGGGCGGAGACUUCGCCGCAAGACUGAACCGCUACCUCUCUCGGAGGAAGAGCGACCCGGGUGCAAGAAAGAGGAUGAGCAAAGUGGCCCUCAUUGCCUCCAACCCUGAGAAAUCGAAACACUUGGAGACGGCCACCCUGAGAAUUGACAACUUUUGGGUGGACUUUGUUAACCUUCGGACGGAGUCGUACGUGCAGGACAGCCGCAUCCCGAGCAUCAACAUCGGGACGCCCAUGGAGGACUCGUUCCGAAGAGACCUCACGAUCAACUCCCUGUUCUACAACGUCAACACGGGCACCGUCGAGGACUACACGGGCAAGGGGACCUCCGACCUCCGCCUGGGCCUGGUGCGUACCCCCCUCCCCCCGUGCGAGACCCUCCUCGAUGACCCCCUGCGGGCGCUGCGCGCGGUGCGGUUCGCCAGCCGCCUGGGCUUCAGGGUGCACCCGGAGCUGAUGGAGGCGGGGAGAGACCCCAAAGUGCACGAGGCGCUGUGCAUGAAGGUCAGCCGCGAGCGGGUGGGGUGCGAGUUGGACCAGAUGGUGCGGUCUGCGUCUCCCCUCCGGGCGUUUGAGUUGAUGGAGGGCAUGAAGAUCUUGCCGAUGGUGUUCCCCCUGCCGGAAGGGUUCGUACUGCCCAUGGACGAUGACGUAUCCCGCGCGUACGAGUUCGGGAUGGUGUACCUCAAGAACAUGUUCCACCUCCUCGACAGAGAACAGACAGUGCUAGACGAUUUCAACGCCUUCGGUCCCGGCGUUGGAGAUGAGGGUGUGCAAGAAGAGGAGGAAGAGGUGUCGCCUGCCGCUGCCCGCGAGCGGCUAAAAGGGGUAAAAGCGACGGCGGCAAAAAAAGUUAAAGGAGCGGAGGGCAAGGUUAAGGGCGGUGGUUCGAAGAAGGCGGUAGGCGCCGGCACGCAGCGAGGGAAGGCGGGGAUCACGGUGACGGAGGGGAUGGACAAGGAGGAGAUGCGGCGGCUGGGCCUCUACGCGGCGUUCCUGCUGCCGUUGGCGGACAGCAUGUGCCCCAACCAGAAGCGCGCAAAUGUUCCGCUGAUCCAGGUGAUGAUGGCAGACUACCUCAAGCUUCGGGCGAAGGACCCGCAGCGAGUGCUGCAGUUGCAGAGCGCUGCGAUGGACUUCCAGCUUCUACUCCGGAAGACUGCGCGCGGGCCUUUGACCCGGGCCAACAGCAAGCCGAUCACGUUCCCCCGCCUGGCACCGGGACUGACGAUGAGAGCGGUCGGACCUUUGUGGCGGGUGGCGUUGGUCCUUGGUUUGACCGGGGAUCUCGGAACCAAACACAUCCUCGACAGUAAUGUCCGGGACCGGGGCGACAAGGAAGAAGACGCGGCGGUCAUCGCGGCGUACAUGUCCAUGGCGAGGGAGAUCGAGUCUAUGGGGCUGGAGGGGGUGUGGGACCUGAAGCCCAUGUUUAACGGGGGCGAGGUGAAGAAGAUCUUGCCCGAGAUACCGAGGGGCCCGGUAUUCUCGAAGGUCAUGGAUGACCAAAUCAAGUGGAUGAUUGCCAACCCGGAAGGGACGAAAGAAGAAGGCCUGGAGUACAUCAAGGCGCGCUACGAGCGGUUUUGUUGAGCACCCCGAUACAACUCCCCUUGGAGCUUCCCGGCACACCUGGCCGGGGCUGUAGCGCGGCCAAGGAAACGAGAACCAAUAAAAACUGUAGUUGUAAUUCCGCCGCUGCCGCCACCGCCGCCGAAUUCGGAACAACUGCAAGACGCGCUGCCCCCACCCGAAUGUGUAUGUGUACGCGCGCGCAAUCACUGUCGAGUGGCAGACGAGACCGGUGGGGGCCCCAUGGAUGGGACUUGCCUCGUGGUGCGUGUGGCCACGGCUGAUUUUGGUUGUGUCGUCGUCGACCCGUGAGUGAAAUGUGGCUGGGCUGAUCCACCACGAGUGCAUCAUGUGUUGUUCGGGAAGUUGUGUGUGAGGCUGACUUUGGACAAACGCGACCGUCUUAUUCCGAGAGGAAAACGCCCGACGAAGACGCUCAUGUCUGCAAACGGUACGUGUUCGUCUUAUAAAUGCUGUGGAGGGCAGAAGACGAUGCACUCUAGUCUGCAAAAGGGGGUUCAGCAGCUAGUAUUUUCGCACUGGCAAGGUGCCGGCAGUCUAAGGAUGUACGUACGCAUACAGUCUCAAACGCGCUAUCAAACCUCUGUAUGCAUACAAUUAGAACAAGGUGAGAGCAGUGGUGGUAGUUUACAGGAGGGGGGUGCGGGGUGCGCCUGAGGUUCGUAGCAGAGGGGAGAGUUUAGGGAGGAGACGCAGAAAACCGUAACCUCAGCCCAACUGCCUUCCCACCAAUUAGCGCUACGCGUUGGUGGUCUCAAACUGGUGUUGGGCCGCGCGUUGUUCGGGUGAAACGGCUGAAACGACCAGUCAAGAAUGGCGGGACUGUUGUAAGUCCUCGCCAUGUGGUUCCCACACUACGUAGGAGGACAGCAGCAGUAGCAGCAUUUGGAAUUAUUCAGCAAGGACAGACCGGGUGGGCAUCAUUUCCGAGGGUCGCUCUAUGGCCGCAGAAAGGUGGCUUGUGGGAUCCCAGGGCCGGCAUGUCGGGUGAUUGGCUUCGUGUUUCACGACCCACAAGGCGGGUUUGUGUUGUAUUUGCAACGUUGGGCUGCGUGUAUCGCCGGGUUAAGGUUUUCGAGUUACUUGCAAGAAGCUUGUUCGGCUGCUGGGUGUCUCUCGACAUCAUCAGGAGACGAGCGCGCUAGGCUGAUUCUGUACAGAUUUUAUAUGAGAAUUGUUUUUUUAGCGGGGUAUUGAGAGCAUUUAUUCGCAGUGGAAGGUGUGGAGGAACGCUUGGCAAGUCGAGCGCGGUUGCUUGCAGAAUGCUCUGAUGGAAACCGAACAGCUUCUGCCGGGGGGCGGGUUGUGCGGUGUCGGCGUGCGAAAGUCUUAAAUGUCUCCGGGGGAGGAUACCACUAGUGGAUGAUGUCAAUCAAGGUGUGGCUGCUUUUGGCAGCCUCUUUUCGUCGCGUGUGUGGUGGAUGAUCGUAAGCAGUCGCGGACAUCGCAGGCGUUCGUGUGAUACGACGGCGUUCGUGUGAUGCCAGUUGACUGAUUCGGGGAAAGGGUUCCAGUUUGGCGUG